AUGGCCGAAAUAUUUAAUAUAAUUGAUCACAAUACAACAGUUAGUUAUACAUUUCGUUUUGGCACAUCUGAUAAACUUAUUCAUCUGACUCAACAACAACUUGAUCGUUUUCCUUAUUUAGCUGUUCUCAUAGCACAUAAAGAUGAUUUUUUAUCAAUCCAAAAUGAAAGUGGCGAAUUUGUAUUGAGUUCUCCAAUUCAUUAUACUUGGUUUAUGGCUAUUCUUCAUUCACUUACUUCACAAAAUCCAUAUACAUUAUUUAAUGAAUUAUCAGAAGGUGAUAAUGUAUUGGACACACUUCAAUUAUUUGAUUAUCUUGGCAUUACUUCAUUUCCACUGCCUCUUUUAAAACAUGAAUCUUUAGUCCGAUCAAAUCUUAUCAUUACUGAAGAUACAACAAAACGUGUUGAAUAUCAUAAGGCAAAUAUCUUAGAAGCACGGCAGACAGCUGCAGAGUUUAUCAUAGCUCUUAGCAAAAGUGAAUAUAAUUUAGAUGAUUCUAACACGCUGACAUGUAUCUUCUCUCUUAUCAUGAUUAUCUUCUCCAAUGCGAAUGUUUUUAGUUCACGAUUUCGUCACCACACGUUAACAGUAGUGAAAGAAUGUUGCUCUUCGUUAUAUGUACAAAACCAGCGUGUACUGCCUACUAUUCAAAAUAUCGCUCAAAAUAGCAAAAUUGACUCUUUCAUGUAUUUAUACGAUGAUGAUCAACCUCUACCUGAAAACUUCGAAAAUACAUUUGCAUGGAGAGGCGUUAAUGUAUCAAUAGAAAAGGAUCGUAUUAGUCAUUUUGCUGAGCACCCCAUAUACAUAUCUAUCAUUGGCCCAUGCAGUACGGGAAAGUCAACAAUGCUCGGUUAUCUAUUAGGAAGAAGGGGCAAAGAACUUUUAAAUAUUGUAAAGACACAGGAAUCAUUGAUGGUUGGCAGCCGUAAGGAUGAAAAAUUAUACAUAAAUGAAGCACAAUCAGCUCGAUCGGGACGUUUCAAUACAUCACCUAAACGACCUAAGGUGGACAAAUUUAAGCAUCGAUUUGGUCCAAAGGCUCAAAAAUACCGAUAA